GCAGCUGACGCAGGCAGCGGACGUCCAGGGGAAACCAUGACAGUCCGCACAGACGCAUGCUCUGAAUUCUAGCUGCCGACUCUCUCCUGCAGUCAGUGACCCCCGCGUCUCCGAGGAACGAGCUGAGGAGCGCGGAGAGCGGACACUUCAUCAUGGAGCUCGGCGGCGGCGGCGGCUACGUUUCUAUUUGGUUGUAAUCCUAGCGGGGACCGGAGGAAGUUUUCUGCCCCGGACACAGCGACAGCAGCUUGGGGGUUGCCAAACAACAAGCAUCAUUCAGUGUCAGCCAGCAGCAGCAGGAGCAGCAGCGGCGGCGGUAGCAGCAGCAGCUGGAGACCACUGUUCUCUCUGCCCUCUGCUUAUUCCUGCCUCAUGAUCGCUGCUCAAACAACACACCCGGACUCUUUCAACACAGUCAACAAUGUCUGCGAACCUCCUGCCUGAGCGCCCAGUCUACAUUCCUGAUUUGGUUUUUGACAUCUUGCAACAAAAGCACCUUCCGAAAAACCCCUGACUGUCAGUGUCUUCGGGCGUCGGCUUCUCACUGGUUCCACUUCCUGGCAUCUGCAGCCGUUCACCACUCUUUCAUCUCUCGACAGCGGCAGGAUGCGCUAGUGUUUAGAGACUUCUUUCAACAAGGGAAGCACAGGCCCUGCUGGAGUUAACUGGAGCGAAGCGCUGAAUCCUUACCACCUCUAGCAAUGUUUCUCAGUGGACUUUAACCUCUGAACUUGGAUAAAGACAGAAGGGAAAAAAAGAGAACUUCACACUCUCUAUCACAGUCGUAAUCAAAGAUAAGAGCUUCAGGCUCAGGCCAGGCCCCCUUCCCUUUCACCACUCCCCCCAGUACCAUGCUGGGUGCACUCCUGCGGAGGAACAUGUCCCAGAAGUUGAGUGUGCUGCUGAUGGUAUUUGGCCUGGCGUGGGGUCUCAUGCUGCUGCGCUACACUGUGCAGCAGCCUCGACAUCAGAGCAGCGCCGAGCUACGCGAGCAGAUCCUGGAGCUCAGUCGGCGAUAUGUCAAGGUCCUGACGGAGGAGAACCAGAACGCACUGGGCGGACCGCAGGGGACCUCCAUGGCUGGUUAUGCUGAUCUGAAGAGGACUAUAGCCGUGUUGCUGGAUGACAUCCUGACACGGCUGGUCAAACUGGAGGGGAAAAUCGAAUCGGUGGCCAAUGCAUCCUCUACAAACACUUCCCACACAGCAGGGGGCGUCCUUGCCUCCAGCCACCCGGGGACGUCCCGCCUCCACCCACACGUCCCUAAUAGGCCUCGACCACAUCGAGAUGCAUAGCUUUGAUUGGCUGUUGGAGUUUCUGUUUUUAGCACGUCACUCUUUUCCAGCAUUUAUCACUGAUGUAACAUCAUCAGGCAAAUGAAAAGCAAUAGACAGACACACGGACAUCCAGAAAAGACUGCUCUUGGGAUGCUUCUCAGAAAUGUUCAGCCAGCUCAGAGGGAACAGGGAGGACUUCUCCAUGCUCUGUCGUAUCAUAUGCUGAUAUUUAUUAUUUUUGUUACCAAGAUUAUCCAUUGCAUUUUUAUAUUUUAUUCGCUGAUUUUAUUCGGCUUGAAUUCUCGCAUUUUUUUAAUAAUGCCAUCAAUGAAUCUUGUGACUGUUUAAGAGAUGUAAACUCACUCCGAUUUGAAAUGGAAUCAUGAAAAAUGGCUUAGAUAGCUCCUCUGUUUAUAUUGUAAAAAAACAUUUUACAAUACUGCUUCAACGUAUCAAAAUGCUGAACUAAACAGUACGAUAGUUAGGAAUGGCAACAUUUCACUUAUAUGCUGGUGCAGUUGCUAAAUACUGUGUGAAGGAGAUUCUUCUUUUAGCUUACACGUGUAGGGGUUUUUAAGGAUAAUGAAACUGUGUAAUUCAGCUGUUCGAGAUAAUCCAAAGAAUGUCAUUUGCACUCCAUCUGAAUGCAGUGUAAAUUGGAAUUUACAAGUGCUGCGAGACAAUGCUGGGUUAUUGCCGAAUACGAUCGGACGACGCCCAUUUGCCGCUGUGAACACGAGCGUGUGUGUGAUUCGUCUCAGCUGUAAUGCAGUAGAUGAGAGAUGUUUUAAUUCACAUGCAAAACAGAUUGAUUGUACCGUGUGGUCCGUAUUUAGCCCUGUAGUGCUCUUAAAAGGACCUACUGCUUACACAUGUUCAGGGUUCAUGUUGCACUGUGACUAGAUGUUUUCUAAAAAUACUUGGCUCAUCAACUUUGACUUUAGGUAUAUUUUUAAGUUCUGAAAUAUUCAUUUUUCCAGCUGCCCCCUGAGUGUGGUUUCUAAAAUACUGACAAACCACAGCUCGCCCUGUCUAGCACAGCAGAAGAAAGUCUUUUAAGUGCUCAUCCUGAUGCUCUUUAACAUGAUGACUUUGCCCGGCCACAGAAGGAGCAAUACUUUCAUCAAUGAUACUUGAGGAUUGUAUGUGGACAGAAUUCUAAAUAUGAAGAAAAUAUAAUUAAAACAUAAACUAAUUGUCA